CAUUGUAAUACAUUAAAAGAUAUAUUGAGGAUUGAAUGCACCUAUGUAGAGGUGUAUGUAUACAUAAUUUUUUUUUAAUAAAUAUUUAACUUGACGUUAAAAGUAAUCUAUACAUUGAGUGAAUUGCACGGCAUAUAAUGUUUCAACUUUUAACAUUUAAAAAUAACAAGAAACUACAUGAUAUACCUAAAUAAUAAUACUACUUCAAUAUCAGUAAGUGCUAGAAGUAUGUUGAAUAAUAUUGCUUUUUAAAGUUCUUUUACAGUUUUUAAGGAAUAUUUUUAAAACAUGUACACUAAAGACUUUGAACCUUACAAGUAUCCACUAAAUAGACAUCUUCGUAAUAGUUUUGAUAUUAAGAAUAAAUCAAAAUGGUUUACAAAUAACAAUUCUAAUAUUCACAUAAAACCUAAAUCUAAACACCAAAGUAUCGGUACUAAAUGGAGAAGAAUGUUGAAUGAUUACUCACAGAAUACGACUUUACAUGGACUUAGAUAUGCCGGGAAUAACGAACUAAGUGGAAGUGAAAGGUGUUUUUGGAUAAUAUCUUUUGGCUUAGCAGUUAUUACAGCAAUUUAUUUUAUUGUUAACUUGGUCCAUAAAUGGCAAGACAUGCCUGUAAUUAUAAGUCUAUCGCCAAAAGCAACACAUCUUACAAGCAUACCAUUUCCCGCCAUAACCAUAUGUAACAUGAACAACGCAAGAAAAUCUGUUGCCCAAAAUAUUUUAGAAACGUAAUGUAUACCUAAUUAACUAGCUAC